AUGCAGAAAGUCACGAUUUUUAACAAAAGUCACGUACGCAUGGAAUGGUUGAAUGAAACAAUUCGAUUUUGUUCCUCUCAGGCAAUUCGAUUACCGAUGUCAAACAAGGUACGUGAAACAACAAUUCUACGACCGUCACUGAAGAAGCAGCCGGCACAGGCUCAAAUUCGAUCUAAGGAUUUGGAUGCUAAGCGACAUGUCACCUUCGCAACUCCGAAAUUGCCACCUCCCAAAUGCAAUCUGUUAAAAGAACAACCAACUUCUGAUCAGAGCAUUUCAAAAUUUCGGAAACAAAAAUCUGUAAUCGAUGCGCACAGAAAACGCAUUCCUUCGGUACAGUUUAUAGAGCUUCGUGCGAAGAAAAACAAACAUAACGAACAAAUCGUACGCCUAUGCGAGGCACAAGAAGCUCUCGUCAGAUCAGGUUAUGUUAUUAAACGUAUGGAAAAAGAAGCAAAGGAACAAGAGACAGCUGCUACAGAACUGCUGCGGGAUGCAGUAUCACUAAUUGAAAUUGAUGUGCUGCGAAGUUUCGAAAAACAAAGAAUCGGGGAUUUUUUAGACAAUGUUGAACAGCAACAACUUGAAGCUGCGCAGAAAUUACAUGAAGAACUUGAUGGAUUCGACGAAAAAAUAGCUAGUAUUGGGAAAGCGUUGGCAACCAUCGAAAAAUAUAAUGAACUGCUUAAUGCACAGUUGAAAUCUACAGAGGGCGAGGAAGAAUUGUCGGUGGCUGAAGAAAUGAAGUUGUUGAGUGAUGAUAUCAAUGUAUAUCUUGGUGUUCUCGAUUCUUUAAAACAAUUUCAUUUAUAA